ACCAAAUCCUGAAGAAGAUGACGACGAAGAAAAAGAAGAAGCAGCUGUUUAUCCUCAGUCAGCACGGUUCAUAUUUACCUCAAUAGUCAGCACACGAUUUACAGCUUGAAAUGGCAAUGAGUCAGUUUCCCUUCUGCGUAAUAGCCUAGAAACGCUACAGAUUCGGUGUUGCACGUCUGGACCAAAGGCUCCGGUUGUUUUCGUCCCUGUUCUGGUGCUUUACGGUGCAGAAGGAUAUGGUUUUCUCAUCGUCCCAGCAAGUGGUGGUCGCAUUUACGGCGGUGUUGUUUGCGUUUGUGGUGUUCCCUAGAAUGUUCGGCGUAGGAUCCGGAGCGAAGGAAACAAGAGGUUUUGAUGCACGCUACAACAGAAAAGCGGGUCCGGGACCAGGACCAGGUGCAGUGAGAGGGCAGCCGGUCAACAAGAACACUGCUGGCUCCAUGAGCAAAGCACAGACCCUGGAGAACAUGCAGCAGAUGAAGGUGAUGAUGGAGCAGGAGAUGAAGGGUGACAAAUACAAAACCAACAGCAACAAGGGCUACGUGUUCACGCUGAUGCCGCUCUACGCCAUUGGAGUCGGCCUCUUUGCAGCGUACAAAUUUCUGAAGAUCAAGUCUGCAGAUGACUCCCAAGCCCAAAAGAACAAGGAUGCCAAAGGUCCCAAGAAGUCUGAGGAGACAGGUGUGUUGUGUCCAUGUGGUGUGCCACAAGGGUCUGUUUGCAUACCUUUGUUCAUCUUACCCAUCAUGCAGAUGCUUUUUUACAUGGUUUUACAUGGUG